GCCUAGACACACCACCGUAUCAUAAAAGAAAUGAUUUUGAGUUUUCAGUUAUCACUAUGAAAUUAGACUUUUAUUUCUUUUUUUGUAUCGAUGGUGUUUGGACCAACUUGCAUGAACCUUGAGUAAUCUGUGGGGUUGUCUAUCCAGCACAGAAGUACAUGUUUUGUCUAGUGUUGCAGCUGAGAUGGAACUUGGGAUCUGCAGGUUGUUAAUCACAUGCUGCAACCACUAGGCCAUCCCCUUUAUGAUAAAACUCCAUUUUCGAGCCAUUCUGAUUAUUCAAACAAUAAAUUUGAAUUUCUAGUAUUACUUUUUUGUUAAGUUGCCUUAUCUCAGUUAUUCUCCAAUACAGCCCUUUAGUUGAUAUUAGUUCGUUGGAGAACAUGAUAGUUAAUCUAUAAUGACUAGUUGUUUUUCAUGAUUAUUAAGGAUUUGGAGGCAUGGUAUGUUGAUUGAUUGAUUAUUAGUGAGAGUACUAUCUAUAGCUUUGUACUGCCCCCAAAAUCCCCUUGAUGACGUUUGAGGAGAAAUUGUGAGAGCUAAGGGAUGAUAUCUAAGCCUCUGUAGACUCUAUAGAGUAGUAGAUUAUAUAAGCGGAUAUUGGAGAAAACCCGAGAAUGAGCUUGUGUAUAAUGCACGUAUAGAAUCUAAGUUCUGUUAUCCCCUUUGAUGUGUUUGUUCGUUAAUGGUGCCCACAUAAAUUUGCAGGAAAUGUCAUUCUUUAAGGAUAUUCUCAUUGGUUCUGAAGCUCAUUUUGUGGUGCUAAUUGUACAGAGCUCAUCAAUAUUUUCAGAAUUUUUUGGAUAUACAGCAUGCAGACAAUUAUCGCAAAUGUUCAUUUCAAUAAUAUUCUUCCAUGUUUCUGAGUACAUUCUGGCGCUUGCCAUUCAUGGGAAGUCAAACGUAACUCUUAAGUCGCUUUUGAUAAGCAAACAUUAUCUACUGGCAAUGAUUUGCUCCUUGAUAGAGUACCUUAUUGAACUCUAUUUCUUUCCUGGCUUAAAGGAAUAUUGGUGGAUAAGUAAUUUUGGCCUUGCAUUGGUUGUUCUUGGAGAAAUCAUAAGGAAGCUGGCAAUUGUGACUGCAGGCGUAGCCUUCACUCAUCUAAUAAAGGUUUAUCACGAAGAAAAACAUCAGUUGGUUACACAUGGGAUCUAUAGAUAUGUCCGGCACCCUGGUUAUAAUGGUUUCUUCAUCUGGUCUAUCGGUACUCAAAUAAUGCUUUGUAAUCCAAUAUCAACCAUUGCGUUUGCAGUUGUUGUGUGGAAAUUCUUCUCGGGGAGGAUACCUUAUGAGGAGUUUUUCCUAAAGCAGUUUUUUGGUUCUGACUAUGAGGAUUAUAUGAGAAAAGUUCCUUCUGGUAUUCCAUUUGUGAGGUGAUUAUUCUACAAAUCCUCUCCAGGCCACUAUAUAUAUGCCCAACAUCCUUGUUUAUUGUGGUUUCUUCAUCUGAUCGUCGGGGCUCAGAUAAUCUUCUAAAUUCAAUACUAACUGCGGCAUCUUAGGAUGUAGUCUAGGAAUUUCAUUUUCUUAGACACUCUUACGAUUCUCAUAAUGUGAAGUUUGCCGGAGAAAUCCUCUUAGACCACUUUCAAAUGGAUGCUUCUGUUAACCUUUGUGGAGUGCUUUUGUCUUAUUUGUAUCACAUCAUGUUUUCAUAGUAUCAUGUUAUUGUUAGGCAGCUAGCCUUUGCUCAAUAUGUUAUUCUUGGUCUUUGAUAAUUGAUAGGAGAAGUUAUGAUCCAAUGCAUGAGGUAACUUUGCUAGUGGGGAGCUGUAAGUAUCUGUAUUAUGUAGUUGUCAUGGCUGAUGGGUGCAGCUUUUUGUCAUACUGUUAAGGAGAAAGGUCUUGUAACAUUUUCUGUGAUUUGACAAAUUCACCUCAUCUCAAUUAUGGUUGUUGAUUUCUUUC